AUGGUCAAAAUCCUGGUCAUUGGUGUGUGCACCAGGGGGUGCGGAGUGGAGCGCCAAGGCGAGGAUCCGCCCGAACCAUCCAUCUGCGGCCACCCGCGUCACCGGUAAUCUUGACCCUGUCUUGACACCGGGCCCAGGCGGGGGAGGAGAGAGUGUAGGUAGAUGCAACGCAAGACUACUCGCACUAUAAACCCCUGCGCAAGUCACCGUCCCUGCUCACACAAUGCAGUCUGUGGGGCACACGGAGGACAUCGACGAAAUCGACGGUAGAACUGUCGUAAAACUGUGUGUAACAGUUAGAACCAGGGCAAUAAUUCUCCCCUCAGCACCGACGGCAGUACCCUACAGAUCGAGAAGAAGAAAGAACUACAUCGAUGGGCCGAGAAUUUCCGAGGCGUCCCCAACAGGUCCUUCACCAUCCCCGCCACCGCCAUCGCCCGUUUGCCUCAAGGACGCCGCGGCUCCAACGACAAUGGUCUGCUGCUCCUCCGCACCUGCGCAGAACACCGCCUCAUCCUGACGAACACGUUCUUCUGUCUGCCGGAGCGAGAGAAGGCCACCUGGAGGCAUCCUCGGUCGAGCCAGUGGCACCUGCUGGACUAUGUCCUCGUCCGGAGGCGAGAUCAGCGGGACGUGCUGGUGACGAAGGCGAUCACGGGUGCUGACGGGUGGACCGGCCAUCGCCUCGUCAUCUCGAAGAUGCGUAUACGUCUACAGCCUCGCAGGAGACCACAAGGUAAGCGACCCCCAGGUAAGCUGAAUGUUGCUUUGUUGUCUUUGCCCGCUCAUCAUCUUCAUUUCAGCAACGAGCUAGCUCAACGGCCAGACAACCUCCCCAUCGCCGAUGCCGCCGCUGCCGAGAACGCCUCCCUGGAGAACCGCUGGUGUCAACUGAGAGACACGGUCCAGUCGACGGCGCUCGCCGUCCUCGGUUGUGCUCCCCGCCAACACCAAGACUGGCUCGACGACAACGACACCGCCAUCAGAAAUCUGCUUGCUGAGAAGAACCGCCUACAAAAAGCCUACGUAGAUCACCCCACUGAGGACAACAAAGCUGCCUUCUACCGCAGUCGCCGACAACUUCAGCAACGACUGCGCGAGAUGCAGGACUCCUGGACUGCUCGCAAAGCUGAGGAGAUCCAAGGCCACGCGGACCGCAACGAAUGGAAGAACUUCUUUUCCGCGAUCAAAGCUGUCUACGGUCCGUCGAAGAAGGUCACUGCUCCUAUCCUCAGCGCCGAUGGCAGCACUCUUCUGACUGAGAAGACGCAAAUCCUAUAGCGAUGGGCCGAGCAUUUCCAGGGCGUCCUCAACCGCCCUUCCGUCAUCUCCGACGCCGCCAUCGCCCGCUUGCCGCAAGUGGAGACCAACGUGGACCUCGACCUCCCGCCAUCUCUCCAGGAAACCAUCAGGGCCGUGCAGCAACUCUCCAGCGGAAAAGCACCCGGAUCGGACGCAAUCCCUGCUGAGGUCUACAAGCACGGAGGACGCCAACUGAUGGAUCACUUGACUGCGCUCUUCCAGGAGAUGUGGCGUCAAGGCGAAGUCCCGCAAGAUUUCAAGGACGCAACCAUUGUGCAUCUCUACAAGCGAAAAGGGAACCGCCAAGUCUGCGACAACCACCGUGGCAUCUCCCUACUGAACAUCGCCGGGAAGAUCUUCGUCCGCAUCCUUCUCAACCGCCUCAAUAACCACCUGGAACAGGACCUUCUGCCGGAAAGCCAAUGCGGCUUCCGUCGUCAUCGUGGGACCACGGAUAUGAUCUUCGCCGCCCAUCAACUUCAGGAGAAGUGCCAGGAGAUGCGGACCCACCUGUACUCUACCUUCGUGGGCCUGACGAAAGCCUUCGACACGGAGAAUCGUGAAGGACUGUGGAAGAUCAUGCAGAAAUUCGGCUGUCCGGAGCCAUUCACUCAGAUUGUGCAUCAGCUGUACGACGGUAUGAUGGCGCGAGUCACGAACAACGGAGCUGUCUCACAGGCAUUCGCAGUGACCAACGGAGUGAAGCAGGGCUGUGUGCUGGCGCCUACCCUCUUCAGUCUCAUGUUCUCUGCCAUGCUGAUGGACGCCUACCGCGACGAACGCCCCGGCAUCCGCAUCGCCUACAGGACGGACGGUCACCUCAUGAAUCAACGACGGAUGCACUUGCAAUCGCGCGUAUCCACGACCACAGUUCACGAACUUCUCUUCGCCGACGACUGCGCCCUGAAAACCGCCUCGGAAGAGGAGAUGCAACGGAGCAUGGACCUAUUCUCCGCCGCCUGCGGGGUCAACGGACAUUCCGGGCUCAAAUCGGACUUGUUGGACAUCUUCGGACCAACUGCGCCUCUCGAACUGCACCAACCAUCGUCCCCCCGCCCGCCUCUUCCAUGUCCUCUCUGCAGCCAACUAACUCUGACAAAUCUUCUGAACCACCACCUCCAUCCUCCCCCUCCUCCUCUUCCUCCUCCACUGCCUCAUCGACGGCCGCUCACUCAUCUAUCGCUCAAGACAACACCGCACACAGCCCUGACUCAACACCAGACAUCAACCCUGCAGCUUCCGACUUCAGACGUGAGGACCAGGACUACACCUGCCCUCGUUGCGAUCGCACCUUCACCUCACACAUCGGCCUGGUCGGUCACUUGCGAAUCCAUCGCACAGAGACUGGAGAACUAG